UUGCAUGAGAUGAUAUAUAGGUGCGGAUCUACAUGCAAGCUAUCUUGUAUGGCUAUGAUUCAACAUAUGUCUUAUAUCGUUCAUAUGGCAUCAUUGAUAUGGCUGGGUUUCGAUGACGAGAUGAUGGUGAGAUUGGGAAAGGACGAAACAUGAUAGUGGUUGAGCUGAGCUGCUAUCAAUCUAAAAAUAGUCGACUGCUAAAGAUGCAGAUUUUAUAGAAGAUAAUUAUCUCCAAACCUGUGCCCCCUUACCGGAGUGUUUCCUUUGCUCUUUAAUAACAGAGUCCAUUCUUCUGUCGUCGGAUAUUGCAAUUUUAUGCUCCGGGUCGUCACAUUCCAACGCAAUAACGACUUGACUCGUGGCUUUAAUUUCAAUCCAAUGUAAUGGUCUGCAGUGUUACCAGACUCUGUGAUGCUAAAGCCGUAUAUUUUUUAAUGUUAACGUCUGAAAAUCAUGCGAUCGUAGCUGCGUUCUUCAAUAUCCCCCAAAAUGUCAACAUCAACAGGUUCCGCCGAUUCAUCAGCCCUCGAGUCCGAGCCUCUUCUCUCAUCCCGCUCAACCUCCAACAACUCCCUCUCCUCUCCGCAAUCCAAGCCCUCUCGUCAAAUAGAAGACGACACCAUCCCCGAAACCAGCACUUUAGGUCGUAACCUGUCGUGGUCAAGCGCCUACAUACUCGUCAUAUCCCGAGUAAUUGGUUCCGGGAUUUUUGCAACCCCCGGACCGAUUCUAAAAACAACGGGUAGCAUCGGUCUUGCCUUGCUUUUAUGGGUUGCUGGUUCGAUACUUGCUUGGCUCGGUCUUCAAAUUUCUCUAGAAUAUGGUUGCAUGCUUCCUAGAUCUGGAGGCGAAAAAGUAUACCUUGAGUUCACCUAUCCAAAACCUCGAUUUCUUGCCAGUACGCUUGUAGCUGUACAAGCAGUACUGCUAGGUUUUACAGCAAGCAAUUGUAUCGUUUUUGGCGAAUAUGUGCUCUUUGCUCUUGGAAUUGAGGGUACGGAAUUAGGGCAAAAAGCCAUCGCGUUGGGACUCUUGACUUGGAUAACAAUCAUUCAUGGUUGUUUUCUCAAAACUGGAAUAUGGAUUCAAAAUUUCUUAGGAUGGAUUAAAGUAGGUCUAAUCCUCUUCAUGGCCCUAACCGGAAUAUUUGUCGUGAUAUUUGGGGUAAAGCUUCCGGGAACAGGAGCUCCGAUCCCAACAUUGUCCAGAGAAGGAUUUUCCUGGGAUCGACUUUGGACGGGUUCAAAUUGGCAUUGGGGAACUUUGACAACUGCUGUUUUCAAAGUUUCGUAUUCCUAUGCAGGACUGUCUAAUUUGAACAAUGUCCUUAACGAGGUUAAGGAUCCGGUUAGAACAUUGAGAACUGUUGCGCCAGCUGCCUUGUUUACAGCCUGUUCGUUGUAUCUAUUAGCUAAUUUUGCGUAUCUAUCUGUGGUUCCGCUGGAGGAAGUGAAAGAAAGUGGACAACUUAUUGCUGCAUUGUUUUUCGAGAGGAUUUUUGGCGACGUGGGAGGAAGGAUUUUAUUGCCAUUGGCUGUGGCGGUUAGUGCGGCGGGAAAUGUUAUGGUCGUAACUUUUACACUCGCCCGCGUAAACCAAGAAAUAGCUCGUCAAGGUUUUCUCCCCUAUUCUAAACACCUCUCCUCCUCGGCUCCAUUCGGCGCACCCUUUGGCGGUUUAAUAGUCCACUAUAUCCCCUCCUUCCUUGUGAUUGCUAUACCUCCUCGAGGCGACGUCUACAACUUCAUCCUAGACGUUGAAGGUUAUCCGGGUCAAUUCGCAGCAUUAGCUCUCUCUUUAGGACUAAUCCGUCUUCGCUACAGUCGACCAGACCUGAAAAGGCCUUUCAAAGCAUGGCUGCCGGCUGUUUGGAUUAGGAUAGCCAUUUGUUUGGCGUUGAUCGCAGGCCCCUUUUUUAAACCGACGAAGGGAAACGCGGAUGUGGGGUUUUGGUAUGCGACUUACGCUGUUGUUGGGGUGGGGAUCAUUCUUUUUGGGGUUGGUUGGUGGGCGGUAGUGUUUUGGGGAUUGCCACGGUGGAGUGGGUAUAAAGUUGAAGAAGAAGUGGAGAUUUUGGAAGACGGAACGAGUGUUACAAGGUUGGUUAGGGUAAAGGGCGAAGAGUGAAAACUGAUGUAAUAGCAUUGCGAUGGUUCACUUAUUUGUUUUGGAUGGGAAUUUUGAUGUUUGAUGUAGAUAUGGCACCACCCUAGCCAACCUGGUUUAUUUUUUGCUGGAAUAAAGCUCGCGAUAUUUCAUUGCGGUGUGAAUUUAUGAUGAGAAAAUCGGAGCUCUCAUUGGACAGCCGGGCAGCUAAAAGUGCCUCUAAAGUUAAAGAUCCUGGGCCUCGUGGGUAGCUA